GACAGCAUUGUUGAAAUUCGCGGCAGACAGCUUUGACAGUAGUCGUUGUAAACACACAUCAUGUAACAGAACGGUUUGUGUUGUUUCACAAAUUUUAGUGUACAAAUAAUUCAAAUCCCGCCGGUUGGCCCACUUUUCGUCUCAUCCGGUCAACACUGACUACCGCCACUAUGUUCCACAUAUGGCGGACAUCCACAGUUCGCUGUAAACCAGCGAUAAACUGUGGGUAUGGGCACAUCCGGCGGAUACUUCAGAUACCGCCUGGUCGGCAGUAUCGUACACAAUUGUCCAUGCCGGUUCGAUGCUGCAGCGCCAAUGUACGUACGUUUGAUACAAUGCUAUCCGCUAGACGAUCCGAAGCCCGUAGAAGUAUACUGGUGCAGGUGAGCUCGGAACGAUCGUACAAUGAGUUGUACCACUAUUGUUCACAGUUCGGUACGAUUGAAAGUUCCCACCACUACCGGGUGGAGGGUGAUGCGGAUGGCGAUUGUCACUACAUACUGCUGGAGUUUAGUUCCUCCGCCGAGGCGGACGCGGCAAUGCAGUCCGGUGUGUUUAGCACCGAGCGGCCCGGUGUUCGUGCUAGAUCUAUUUUUCUCUGGUUUCGCACAGGCCCUAAACCGAAGCUAAUCACACAGGAAGAACCCAAACGACCACUAGCCCUGAUAGAUGGUACCAGUGCGAUUGGAGAAACGGAACUAAACAGUCUACUAUCGUCGGCGGAAAGUAUCGACGAUCAAGUUACCGUACUUCAUCGUCUAACGAAACUAAACGACCUGGGCAAAAGGUUACGCUUUCUGGCGGUGCGUCAGUUGGAAUCUUCAUUGCAGGGAAUGUUCCCGCAGGCGGUCGCUCAUCCAUUCGGUUCCUCCGUGAAUGGAUACGGCCGUAUGGGAUGCGAUCUGGACGUGAUACUGGAUCUCGAUUCGCGUUCCGGUGAACUACCGGAUCGAAAUUCACGCCUCGUGUAUCACACAAAGUCAACCAAUCCAAACGAGCGAACGCAGGUCCAGCGACAGCUGGAAUCGAUCGGCGAUGUUCUGCAGCUGUUCCUGCCCGGCGUUAACAGUGUGCGGCGAAUACUGAAGGCUCGUGUACCGAUCGUCAAGUAUCACCAUGAACAUUUAGACCUAGAAAUAGACCUUACCAUGAACAAUACGGCAGGCGUGUACAUGUCUGAGCUACUGUAUCUCUUCGGACAGCUGGACGCACGUGUCCGUCCGCUUACGUUCUGUGUGCGCCGCUGGGCACAAUCCGUUGGCCUUACGAACCAUACACCGGGCUAUUGGAUAACGAACUUUUCGCUCACCAUGCUGGUCAUGUACUUUUUGCAGCAAUUAUCCUGCCCCGUACUGCCAUCGAUCAAUCGAUUAAUUCAACUCAGUGCCACAUUCGCACCGCAGCACAGUUCACCACCGGUCACACGGUUCGGCGAAGGGGAAUCGGAAUGGGCGUAUACGUUUCUGAAAAAUCCUUCCAUUUAUGGUUCGUUUCGUAGCGAGAAUGAAUCAACACUCGAGCAGCUGUUGAUGGAGUUUUUCGAGUUUUACUCCCAGUUUGACUUUAACCAGCGUGCAAUAAGCCUCAACUUAGGUACCACCAUUCUCAAACCCGACCACAGCCCCAUGUACAUUGUAAACCCGCUGGAAACGGUGCUGAACGUAAGCAAGAACGUUAAUCUCGAGGAGACGGAACUGUUCCGGAUGCAGGUACGCAACGCCGUCUGGUUACUGGAAGCGCACGCGAAAGAAUCGGGCAACACACCCAGCAGCGAACCAUGGGGCCUCGUAAGUUUGUUCGGUCCGAAGCAACAGCAACGGAUUACGCCGCAAAUGUUCUUCACCAAGCGAAUGUUGAACGUGAAGGAUAUUUUCGACGAGGUACCGGUAGACGAACCGACACAGUACCGGAACGCGACAGUUAAAAACCAAAUUGCCGCCAUACAGCGUGCAGCAAAGGCGGAAAUACACAAGCUCAGUACAGGCGGUCCAUCCCGUACCGGAGCGAGUGUGGAAGCGAGGACAAACACAACGAUAGAAGGAACGAGUGUGAAACUAAAGCGAAACACAAAGCGACGGUGAUAAAGGAUUUAGGAAUAUUUGUUUAGAGCAGGAUAAGAAAUAAAACAGAACAGACACGAAGAUAGAACAAAUGCGUGACGUUGAACCAGAGAAUGAAAAACGGUAUGUUUUUUUUUGGUUUUUGUAUUUCUUAUUUCUUUAUUUCAUAUUAAUGUUUCGUCCCGAGCAAAACGUGUUUCACGUGCACAUCGAUCGAUCCACCAGUAAAAUCACUAGAAAAAUGAACAUCAACUACUUUAUAUAUAUGAUUUGCGGGGUGUAUGGGCGCUACUUUUCAUGCGAGAGAGUGAUUUUUGUUUCUUUUC